ACAGGGACAAAGGGAGGGGAGGGAGGGGACCAGGGAGCGAGUGAGCGAGGGAGGCGACACCAACACUGGGAAGGGAAGGGAGAGGGGACCUUCCCUGCCUCUGCAACAGUCUCGCCUCACCGCAUCGCAUUGCAUCUCCGAGGGAUGAAGACAGGGACACAACUGACAAGGAAGGGAAGGGAAGGGAAGAGCAGAGGGGGAAGGUAGUGGUGGUUGGGGAGGAGAAGGAGAAGCCCUGCUUCUUCUGCUGCUGCUGCUGCUGCGGGGCAUUGGCAUUAUUAUUGGCUUUGUUGGGCUUUGGCUGGCUGUGAGUGACGUCUCCUCCCCCUUCCCUUCCUGGCCCAAGCCAUGGCAUCGUCAUCUCUGCUCUCACGCCUCUCCUUCUCCUUCUCCUCUUUACCAAACUCCUCCUUCGCAUCCUCCCCUUCUCGCAGCAUCUCCCCCCUCCACUUCCUACCUCCUCCUAUCACUUCCUCCUCUCUCAAUCUCAAUCUCAAUCUCCUCCCUCUUCGUGCUUCCUCCUCCGACGUCGCUCUGCAAUCUAACGCCGUCUUACCCAACCAGGCGCUACCUCACGCUGAGGCUACUACCACUGCGAAUGCCUCCGCCUCUGCCUCUGCGGCGGACGGUGCCGCCUCCAGCUCGGUCCCCUCCGAUAUCUACGCUGGCAUUUCUACCAUUCCCAUUAGUGCUUCCCUAAUUGGCUCGGGCGUCGACGCUAGUGAACUCAAUGGCGGUGUUUGCAGUCUCACCGACCGGCCUAAUAAGAAACAGGUCUGUCUAUUCUACUGUGACGAAACGGAAGAUCUUGCACGACGCAUUGCUGCUGAGACGGAUUCUAUCGAGCUCAAGUCUAUCAGAUGGGGGACAUUUGCUGAUGGGUUCCCCAACCUUUUUGUGCCUAAUGCACAUGGGAUUCGUGGCCAACAUGUGGCCUUUCUGGCAUCAUUUAGCUCACCUGCAGUAAUUUUCGAGCAGCUCUCAAUAAUAUAUGCCUUACCGCGCAUGUUUGUGUCUUCAUUCACUCUGGUGUUGCCCUUUUUCCCGACUGGGACCUUGGAGCGCAUGGAAGACGAGGGGGACAUUGCAACUGCAUUUACACUCGCAAGGAUUUUGUCCAACAUUCCAAUUUCGAGGGGUGGGCCAACGAGUCUUGUAAUUUUUGACAUUCACGCUCUUCAAGAAAGGUUUUACUUUGGUGAUAAUGUGCUACCAUGCUUUGAGAGUGGUAUUCCACUGCUUAAACAUCGUCUCCACCAACUUCCGGACUCCAACAAUGUGACCAUUGCAUUUCCCGACGAAGGUGCAUGGAAGCGAUUCUACAAGCAACUGCAGCACUUCCCCAUGAUUAUAUGCACGAAGGUCAGGGAUGGUAACAAUCGGAUAGUUAAGCUGAAAGAGGGUGACCCGACUGGACGGCAUGUUGUAAUUGUGGAUGACUUGGUGCAGUCUGGAGGUACCUUAAUUGAGUGCCAGAAGCUUCUAGCAACCAUGGGGGCCAACAAAGUGAGUGCUUACGUUACUCAUGGAGUUUUUCCAAAUAGAUCAUGGGAGCGAUUCGUACACGAUAAUGGAGAGGGCGCGGCUCAUGGGUUUGCUCACUUCUGGUUGACUGACUCAUGUGCGAGCACCGUCAAAGACGUGAGGGGCAGAGAACCUUUUGAGGUGCUAAGUCUUGCUGGUUCGAUAGCUGUUGCCCUUCACAUCUAGAAGAGACUUGGUAGAGGUACUUUGUCUCCCCACCACUUUGUAGGUUUCUGAAUUCUGUCUUAAAUGUCCAUCAGUUAAAGCAGAACUCGGAAAUAACUAGUUGCAGAUACUUAUUUGAGAAAUGCAUCUGGCAUUGAAAAUCUUGUGUCAAUUGUUACAAUAGCCUUCACUGCCCAUUCUGAAGGACUUUGUUGUUAGGGAAGAUUGGUAAUAGUUUCUGAUUUCUGGGUUACAUGAGUAGGUGGUCAAAGGGGGGACACAGCAAUUAGCAAUGAAUUCCAGGGAGGACUUUCAUGCACUGUGCUUGAGAAAAAGGUGCAACACCUUGCUCCACUUUGUUAGGAUUAAUAUAAUGAGGUGACUUUUUGCUCUUACAUCCUCGUCAGCGAUCCUCUGAAGCAUCUUCUGAACCCACAUGAAGUUACUCGAAGGUUUAAGUAUUAUGUGUUAUUAUUUCCACAAACACUCCAUUCUAGAAGUAUAAAACUGACUCUAAAUAUUACAUCCACACUGUCAUGGUUGACAUGA